UUCUGAAUGCAGUUAGAGGAUCCUGGGAGGCAGAGUGGCGGGACCUAGUCUGAACUGUGUCUCUGACUCAUUUUUUACUUCAAACAAGUUGUUUCAGUGAGAGAAGUGUUGAAGAUGUUCAGUUUCAUCCUUGUCACCACCAUUCUGGUAAUGGGCAGGGAAAGCUGGGCUCUUGAGAACUGUCUCCAGGAGCAGGCGCGGCUCAGAGCCCAAGUGCACCUGCUCGAGACCCGGGUCAAACAGCAACAGGUCAAGAUCACGCGGCUUCUGCAUGAGAAGGAAAUCCAAUUCCUCGAUAAAGGAGAGGAGAAUAAUGUCAUUGACCUUGGAGGCAAGAGGCAGUAUGCAGACUGUUCAGAGAUUUUUAAUGAUGGGUAUAAGCACAGUGGAUUUUACAAAAUCAAACCUCUCCAGAGCCCAGCAAUAUUCUCCGUUUACUGUGACAUGUCUGAUGGAGGAGGAUGGACUGUAAUUCAGAGACGAUCUGAUGGCAGUGAGAAUUUUAACAGGGGCUGGGAUGACUAUGAAAAUGGCUUUGGAAAUUUUGUUCAGGAAAAUGGUGAAUAUUGGCUGGGUAAUAAAAAUCUUCACUUACUGACCACACAAGGAGACUACACUUUAAAAAUUGACCUUGCAGAUUUUGAAAAAAACAGCCGCUAUGCACAAUAUAAACUUUUCAAAGUUGGAGAUGAAAAGAAUUCCUAUGAGUUGAACAUUGGGGAAUAUUCUGGAACAGCUGGAGACUCCCUUGCUGGGAAUCUUCAUCCUGAGGUGCAAUGGUGGGGUAGUCACCAGAGAAUGAAAUUCAGCACAUGGGACAGAGAUCAUGACAACUACGAAGGGAACUGUGCAGAAGAAGAUCAGUCUGGCUGGUGGUUUAACAGGUGUCACUCUGCAAACCUGAAUGGCUUCUACUACCCUGGCCCGUAUACGGCUAAAACAGACAAUGGGGUUGUCUGGCAUACCUGGCAUGGAUGGUGGUAUUCUUUGAAAUCUGUGGUUAUGAAAAUUAGGCCAAAUGAUUUUAUUCCAAAUACUGUUUAAUUUUCUCUGCUGGGCUUUCUUUCUGUAAUUCAUCUAGGUUUAAAGGGAUUUGAAAAACAGCAGUUCUAAACACACACAUGCAUGUAUGAUGAUGGCAAUUGUUAUGUGUACUACUUUUCAUUCCUACUUACCUUUAUUACUUAAUGCACUUUCAGUACAGCAAAUAUGUGUACUCUUCAAAUAAAUAUAGAUUAAUGAAUUCCUAUGUGCAGAAGGUUAUGAUAAGCACUUAUGUUGAACAAAAAAUAAAAAGCACAGAAUAUAUAACAUGUCUUGG